GCCCUUUCUCCCUCCUGUCUCCACCCUCACCUCCCGCGAGCGCCCGGCCCUAAUCAUGUGAUAGACGCGCAAUUCACUCAGGACACUUUAAACACUCGGACAAGAAGUUGUUUCGUAACUCUCGGGGAAGUUUUUUCGGCGUCAGCCUAAAUGCUAGUGUGUCACUUGGAUGCGUUUCGUGCCAGCGUGAUCCGGGUUGUCUCCGUCGUCUGCGGUCCUUCGUAACGGCGCACUUUUCACUUGAGGAAUAUUUACUGACAAUUUCCAGGAUUUCAGUGGCAGCAGCCAUGCUCAGGUGUGACCCAAUAAAUGCAGACAUGUCACUGACUUACCCAGCUUACCUGAUUAAACCUGCAUCUGAGGCGUUUGGAGUCGUGCUGUCCCCUUCCAUGGUCCCUACUUCCACAGCUCACCUAUACUCUCCUCACUACCACCCAGCACACUACUCCUACAUGAGCCCCCCUCACACACACCCUCUGUCCCAGGAUGUCCAUCACUCCCAGAAUGAACCUGUCGAUUUAUCCGUCAGCAAAAGAUCCUCCGUUUCAUCGCCUUCAUCAUCUCUGGCUUCAUCUCCCAGAGCCACUCCACCAUCUCCUUAUGAGCUCCAGUCCGGUGUCACGUCCUCGCCCGGCUCCGGCUCCGGCUCCGGCUCUAUAACAGGAAGCACUUCCGGGUCAUCUCAGACAAGGCAGCUGACCCCACCACUGGCCCUUUCUAUGCCUCCGGUUUUGACACCUAUUGUACCAGUGCUUUCUAUGCUGCAGCCGUUACCUGUGCUCUACCCUCCCCCCCUCCACCUGUCCCCCUCCAUCAUGAUAUCACCUGUCACACCGGAGGACCCUGCUAACCACAAGCAGUUCACUAUAUUGAAGUCAGAGAGUCCUCCAGACAACCAUGAGCUCCUCAAGCCAAUCAAAACCGAGCCCCACCCUGAACACGCUCAGGAUUCCCACAUCCAGGAAAUAACCUCGCCCGUCAAUACUGUCCUGCCGAAUUAUGAGGGAAACCCACACUCAGUGAUUGUACGCAGGAAGGUAGAGUCUCCAGAUCCGCUGAAGAAGCGUCGAAUUCAUCGUUGUGACUUCAACGGCUGCAACAAAGUCUAUACCAAAAGCUCCCACCUGAAAGCUCACAGACGCACACAUACAGGAGAGAAGCCUUACAAGUGCAUGUGGGAGGGCUGCACGUGGAAGUUCGCCCGCUCCGAUGAGCUGACCCGUCACUUCCGGAAGCACACGGGCGUCAAGCCGUUCCAGUGCCCCGACUGUGACCGCACCUUCUCCCGCUCCGAUCACCUCGCCCUGCACAAGAAGCGCCACCUGCUGGUGUGAGCACUGCGACGCACGGACGGAGCGGAAACUGCACCUUCGAUUAAACCCUGGCUCAACGGGGAGCUUGAUCUUCAGUGACGCCGAGGGCCGUGUUUUGCGUUUCCCGUCCCCAUCCAGUUCAGGAAACGCUGCGUAUCAGAAGAAAAGAGCGGAGCCGUCGGAUCACACGACGACUAGCUCAUGCUCCGUGAAAAGAAUUAGCACCCAAGUGGAUUUUCGCACCGCUACCACGGAUACGGAGUAGCGCUGUAGAUAUGACCCUUAGAUAAAACCGAAUGGCAAGUCUUCUUCUUGAUACCAAGCGUCCUCUCUUUCUAUACGCGCCUCUCUCGUUUGAUUUUGCCCUCUGCAGGUCAGAGGGCCCAUUGUGCCAGCUACAGCACUACACAAACAAGCAGAAUACACACAAAUAUACAAAAAAACACAGUUUCACACUUUUAAUGUUGUUUUAAGACGCAACUCGGGUCAAACCUGCACAAUGUGAAUUAGUUUUUUUUCUUUUUUUCUUUUUCUAUAUUGUUUGCAAAAAUGAAUGUGUAUACGUAGAUCCUGUAUAUGUAUUCGGACGUGUGUGUGUGUGUGUGUGUGUGUGUGUGUUUCAUGUUUCAGUGUAAGGACCAAAGCUGAUUGUCUCGCACUCUCAUGUAUUUUCUGAGAUUGUUUGAUUUGGGUCGGUCAGUUCAUACCAAGAAUGAUAACUAUAAAGAUGACUAGAUAAUAAUAACUAAAAUAGCGUGCUCCCCAUUGCACGGUAAUUAUUAUUAAGCGCGCAUUGCGGUCAUCUGCAUUGUAUUAUAUUUGCAGACUCUGUUUUUUUUACAUUUUAGACCUACGUCUUUAUCGUUUAUAGUUAUUGCCCUGGGUAUAAACGGGCAAGUUGUGACAAAAAGUUUUUGGUUCCAAAAGUAGCUUCGGAGCACCUGACCUAUUACGUACCUAGUAAAACAUUGGCGUGUUUUAUUAAUUGUAAUCAUGAAUUAAUACUGUAGUUUAUUACCGUAAGUACUAUGUACUGUGUAAGUUCUUGCAACUAUGCACAUGCACAAUUUAUGAUUUAGUAGUGAAAUGAUAGUAACGAUUUUACCCUACAUAAACGCAUUUAAAAAUACAGGUAGAAAGUAUGCGUGAAAGGUCAAAACGGUGUCUUAAAUCUUAACAGGCCGCUCUGAAAACUGAACAGUCGAUCAUCCAGCGCAUACUUGUUAGUUGCAAGGAUUUAUAGGAAGCUUAAUUUUGCUUAAUCUCACCAUUAUUCAUAUUUGAAUAAUUUCUGUAAUCACGAAUAUUCAUAUAAUCCUAAAUAUUUCGUUGCGUCGUGUUGUAUCAGAUCCAGCGUCCAAGGCUCAAAAGGGUAAAAUGUUAUUUCACUGAGGGGUGUUUAGGUGGAGAAAUGUGAUAAAUGUGAACCAUUCAAUAAGGGGCAUUAUUUUAUUAGAGUGAGUUCAUCUAGGUUAUGGGUAACAUUGUCUUACUGCUAACACUUUGUGAGAUAUUUGUUAUGUAAUUAUGGAUGUAUGCAGGGACGAGUGUACUCUUGUUUUUCUGUUUGUAGGUUUUGCAAAUCAUUUUUUCGUGAACAAAUGUUUGUAAAGGGCAACGUGUAAACGGAAACAGUGCACUUUAAAACAGAUCUGAAAUGGUAAAUAUCUGUAAAUGGGAGGCCGUGAAUAGCUUUAAGCUUUGGGCUGUAUCUCUGUAUUUUUCUCUUUCUGCUCGAACAGCAGUUCAACAGUUUGCAAUAGACCGGUUUCUGUUUUUUUUUUUUUUCUUUUCUCUUCUCAACCGAAGGACAAUUUUGAAGAACAUUUUGAAGGAGGAAAAGAACAAGGGGGAGCUUAUAUGAGAAAGGAAAAAAAAGUCCUUGAUGAAACAAUUGAGAUGAGUCAAAGAAAGAAAAAGGAUGAAGCGUUUGUUUCUUGGUCUGAUGUAUAAACCGCAGCAAAGCUGUACUACACGUCUUAGAAAUAAUCAGAUAAUGGAAAUGUUCAUAUGCAUACGUACAUAUAGAUCGAUAGAUAUGUGUGUGUGUGUGUGUGUGUGUUUUUUAAAUGGAAUGACUGAACGGGCAAUUUAUAGAAAGCAUGAUUAUGAUAUAUUUUUAAUCCAAAACAAAUAUAUGUUUUUAUAAAGAUGUGAAUCUUCUGUUUUUUUCUAAAUUACUUACGUUUUCACAGUUCAAAGGGAAUAUUAUGCUGUGUCAUUAUAUCAAACUGUGAAUUUAAUACAAAUUGUGCAGACACUUUUUGUAUUAGAAAUAUGUAUCAUUCAAUAAACUUUUUAUGGUGAA